UCCGCGCUCGUCGGUUGCGCGAUUGCGCCGCCGCCGCACACCAGCUGCCUGCGCGGCGCGUCCGGCAACACUGGCAACGUUGCCGCCUUGGCAAGCGUCGGCAGCGCGUCAGGUCGCUUGCCCAGGCUGGCUUCGCUCGGGUGCCGUUGCCCCACUGAACGUUCACCUGCCGCUCGAGGACAGCCUGUUUGUGAUCGCGCGUCCGAUCUGCCGCACGCAAGGUCGGGCCGCAUGCGCGGGGCCUGAAGCCCGCCGGAGACCAUGGCCUACCAAGAGCCGACGACGCGGAACCUCAAUGGCGGUGCGUCCAACGGUGUGUCGAGUAGCCUGCUCCCGCAGCCGUCGUCCUACCUGUCGGGCGGCGGCUACGGCGGCGGGGGAACGCUGUCAGUGAACCGCACUCCCGCCGAUGGCCAGCCGCCGCCGCUCAGCAACGGGCCGUCGUCCGCGACGCCCGUCGCGGGAGAUUCGCGCUUCCCGGCCACCCAUCCGCUCAGCGGCUCCAAGCACCUCUGCUCCAUCUGCGGCGAUCGAGCAUCUGGCAAGCACUACGGCGUCUACAGCUGCGAAGGCUGCAAGGGCUUCUUCAAGCGCACCGUGCGCAAGGACCUCACGUACGCUUGCCGAGAGGAACGGCGCUGCGUGGUGGACAAGCGGCAGCGGAACCGCUGCCAAUACUGCCGCUACCAGAAAUGCCUCGCGUGCGGCAUGAAGCGCGAGGCCGUCCAGGAGGAGCGCCAGCGGGCCAAGGACCGCAACGACAACGAGGUUGAGAGCACGAGCGGCGGUGUUUGCGUCAGCGUCGCCGUCGGAGGGCCGGGCUCGCCGGAUAUGCCGCUGGACCGUAUCCUCGAAGCCGAGAUGCGCGUCGACCAGCCGGCGCCGUCCGUGCUGGUCGCGGACGCGGCCGCGUCGGGCCGCGAUCCCGUCAACAGCAUGUGUCAGGCCGCCGACCGGCAGCUUCACGAGCUCGUGCAGUGGGCCCGGCGGAUUCCGCACUUCGAAGAGUUACCCAUCGAGGAUCGCACGGCUCUGCUAAAAGCCGGCUGGAACGAGCUGCUUAUCGCCGCCUUCUCUCACCGCUCUGUGACCGCGCGAGACGGCAUCGUUCUCGCCACGGGCCUGGUGGUGCAGCGGCACAGCGCGCAUAGCGCGGGCGUCGGCGACAUCUUCGACCGCGUGUUGGCCGAGCUGGUGGCCAAGAUGCGCGAUAUGAAGAUGGACAAGACUGAACUCGGAUGCCUGCGCGCCGUAGUGCUCUUCAAUCCGGACGCCAAGGGGCUCCGCAACGUCGCCAAAGUCGAGGCGCUCCGCGAGAAGGUGUACGCUGCCCUCGAGGAACACUGCCGGCGCCACCAUCCGGAACAGCCGGGCCGCUUUGGUAAGCUGCUGCUGCGGCUGCCCGCUCUGCGCAGCAUCGGCCUCAAGUGCCUCGAGCACCUAUUUUUCUUCAAGCUCAUUGGAGACACUCCCAUCGACAGCUUUCUGCUCAACAUGCUCGAGGCACCGGCCGAUCCCUAGCCCUCGAUCUUGAAAGGGAUCCUGCAGUCAUAAGGUUCGCGACUGCAACAUCGCCAUCAAUAUAAUAACGUCUGCAGUGCCACGGCUGUUGCAGUUGUCGUGUUUGCAGACUUGAGUCACUGGGAAAUGUUUUGUGCGAUGCUUUCGACCUCAGUGUGCCAGGAUACGUUUGUUACUCCGCACACAGCAGUGUGCUGGUAAAUAGCUGCUGUGUGAUUUUGAAGGCGAAUGGACAACAGUCAUUGUGUAUCCCUGCUUGAGCUCGUACUGUAGCUUGUUGAAGGUUUCAUUUACAUACGUACGUGAGGUACAGCUGAGUGCAAGCUUGCAUGACAAAGCGUCUCUUGGUGUUUUUUGCGCUAAGUGACGUAGCAGUUACUGUACCAUUAGCUUAUGACAGGAGCACCUUGGAAACGUUUCCAGUACCUCUGCCACAUACUUUUCACCACCCUCACUGAGGAGGAAGGAUUGUUGGCCAUCUUGCCAAGAACUGUGUUCCAGAUUCUUUGCCAUUAUUGUCUACUGCAUGUUGGUGGUCACUCUAUAUCAAUGUUCGAACAUAUUUAAUGGCUGGUUCCUCACGGAGCACUUGUAUGUGUCAUGAUAAUGUGAGAGAGUUGGAUAUUGAAUGUUGCUAAGGUUUGCAGUGCCUUCUCCGCAGCCCUAUAAUUUGCCAUGUUGAAAAAAAAAAAUAUUGCUGCAUAUCCUGUUUUAAUUAGCUUGACUAACAGAAUUGCGCUCGCAGAAUAGCUAGCUGUCCUAUGGUCUGUCUGCACUGAAGUUUUCUUGAACCAAUGUGCCAUAGUGAUUCUGAUAUUUUCGAAACCUAUGGGCCUUUGCUUCUUGUUGAAUGCACAAAAACACAAACUUUAUUCCUUAUUAUAGUCAAACACGAAAGCAACUAGCUGAUAUUCAGAACACAGUAAAAAAUCACGCUAACUCAAAUUUUAUUUUUGGUGCUAAAAGUUCACUUGUUGCAUGUUUGUGCUUGUGCGAAAUUGGCAGGCUGGUGCUGCUGCUGAAUCCUAUGGUGGCACCAUCCAUAGCCAAGUGCUACUCAAAACAUGCAGCAUUUUAUGGUGAUAUAACUAGUUUAAUCACUUUUAAAUGUGCAGCGGCUCAAGGUCAGAUAGUUGUAUUUCGUUUAAGCUGCUGGUUCCGAAGUUGUAAUUGGCUCUUAGCAAUUAAGUCUUGACACUUGUCCAGAGCUCUUAUGAUUGGUAUGCCAUACAUCAAGCAUAAGGUUUCCUACAGUGCAUGAUAGCAUUCGUAAGAGGCCUGUGGACUUUUAACUGACUCAUUGCUGUAAAAAGAGUUGCUUUAUGUGUAGGAAAGCAUAUUAGUGGUGAAGAAAAUAUAUUUUUCCUGUUUCGUGAUUUUAAACUUAGCGUUUUAUGCUAUCAAAUGCAAAAUGCGUGUUUCACCAUUGAAGUGUUCUGUAAAUGUAAAUUUAUACCCUGUGGUUUAGACAGGACUCAUUGGCAUUCGUGCAGCAUUUGCAUAUAAUGGUGUAGUUUUGAACUGCAGACGAGUCAUGUAUAAUGAAUUUUUUGGGGGGUGAAAAAGAUGUUUUUAGUGUCAGGUAGGAAAAAUACUUGUAAUGAGAAGUAUAAAAUUUCUUGCAGUGAAAAGUGUAAACAUGAUCACGGGGUUGUUUGUGUACAAACCACUGUUAAAUGUUUGCGGAAGUUUUAGCAGUUGCACUUGAGCUGUUGCUAGCGGUCUGAUAGUUAUGUAUGCCUAUUUUUAGCGUCCCGACGUGGCACCCUGUUAAGAACAGGUUCUUGCAAAUGUUUUUAUAAUUAUUGAAGAUGGACUUGCAUGAGAGCUGUGCAGUUAUAAAUGUAAAUGUAAAUUUAUACCCUGUGGUUUAGACAGGACUCAUUGGCAUUCGUGCAGCAUUUGCAUAUAAUGAUGUACUUUCGAACUGCAGACGAGUCAUGUAUAAUGAAUUUUUUGGGGGGUGAAAAAGAUGUUUUUAGUGUCAGGUAGGAAAAAUACUUGUAAUGAGAAGUAUAAAAUUUCUUGCAGUGAAAAGUGUAAACAUGAUCACGGGGUUGUUUGUGUACAAACCACUGUUAAAUGUUUGCGGAAGUUUUAGCAGUUGAACUUGAGCUGUUGCUAGCGGUCUGAUAGUUAUGUAUGCCUAUUUUUAGCGUCCCGACGUGGCACCCUGUUAAGAACAGGUUCUUGCAAAUGUUUUUAUAAUUAUUGAAGAUGGACUUGCAUGAGAGCUGUUCAGUUAUAAAUGGCGCAGCACUUGUAAUAGGUGGCUGAAGCAAGAAGAAUUGUGACCACAACAAGAGUUUUGUAUGCAUCAGCAUCACCAUAUCUUGUCUGUUCAACGCUAAAGCUGAGUUUGGCAAUUCAGUUCUGACCGGCGAGGUGGAAGAAGUUUCGUGAAAUGGAAAAAUUGUCACCGACACGGUUUUCUUAAAAAGAAAGUUUUGCAGUUGAAUAAUUCAUCCUGGAGUUGGGAUUGAGCUCAGGACCAAUGCUUCUCUAGGGUGAUAAGGAGGCUAGUAGAUUGCAGAGUGAGGCCAAAUUAAUUGACAACUCAAAGCACAGGGGCAGUAAUGGCAAAUCAGUUCUGUGACGCACUUCAUUGACAACUUUUCACGUGUGAGCAGCAGUGCAUCAUUCAUUAUUGUUCAUGAAAGGAAAAACAAUUCACCGAUGAUUACAAUACUCUCUAAUGUGAAUUUUAAGUGCAGCUGUUUAGGUGUUUUGAAUUCAUGAUAUAUUGUGGCAAAGUAUUUGAUUUUGAACGACAGGGUCCUCUUGGAAGCGGUGCUGAGCCUCUGCUCGGGCAGCUCGUUUAGCAGCAGUGGCAGACAAAGCAUUUCCACUGGUUGCGUCACUCAUUGUUCAGAAAGAAAGCGUUUACAUGGGAAAGCAUGACUAGCGCAGAGCGUGUUCUCUAGCGGCGGCGGCGCAGUGAGUCCAAACCACACCCCAGCGCUUUGUUUCCAUAUAUGGUAUCGGUGGACUCGCUCGCCGCAUGCCUGGUCGCCACUGUGGAGCACAUCUCGUGUAGCGCUCCGCUUUCCUCCUCACCCUUUUGCCAUACUCUCCUCCUCCGCAUUCCUCCUUGCGCUCUCUUUGCUCUCGCCGUCUUUCAUCACCUGCUGCGCUCCGCAUUCGCUCUUUUCAUUCUUUGCCGUGCUCGGUUACGCCGAGAGGCACUGACGCUCAAAGCAGGAACCGGGUGCCCAAGAGCUGCGCUCUAAAAUUGAUAUCCACCUGUAGCACGAACCUACAAAGGAAACCCACACGGGUUUCUCAGAAACCAGUGCGGAUGUCAAUUUUUCCUUCCAUGAACCUUCCUCCACCUUGUGGAAUUCUGCAGAACUAAUUUGGUAUAAUUCAACGUUGUAAUCAUCGUAGAAGAGCAUCACAAGAUUUCCUUUACUUGCUGUACAUGAAAAAAAAAAAAAAAAAAGCUGUUUAGGUGUUAAUGUGAGGGUGAACCGUAACACUAUUGAGUGUGCUUUAUGUUCCCUCUUGUGUGGCAAUAUUGUGCAGGUGAGGAAAAUUGUAAUGUUAUGUUGUCCCUAAGCACUGGAAUUUCAGCACACUAGAGUGCCAGUCACAUGAAUCUAAUGGAAAUAAAGGAGACUGGUAUGCUUAUGAAAUGUGUGUGAGGAUGGGCGAGGUUUCAUCCACCAUAUUUUCUUUUCUCUCCCAUCUGUAUAACCUAUUUACUGCCAGUGUUCACAGCCACAAAACUAUGCCUACCAGGCAUUGACUGCAGUGGCCAUCAGCCAACACUUUGUUGAUAUGCAGGCAUAACUGCAUUUCACACGAGGUCCACACCUGUUAGCAGUGAAGUGAUGAUGGGUAGGGCCCUUUUCCAUCGUGGGUGUCUUGCGACGCUCUGCUGUAUCGCUGAGACAAAAAGAAUCUGUGUACUUUUUCAGGA